UGAAGGAGUUAGAGAUGCCCUUCCGACAUGAAACGUUCCAUAUCAAAUGUAAGGAUUAUUAUACAAUGUAGUAUUUGUAAAUGCUUUUUGCGCUGUUGAUUAUGUUUUGUGUCGGAACUUUGUCAUUUGCAGACUUGGUCCCGCUCGGACAUCCUAGGAUAUGCACUGCAAAAGUUCAAUCUCUCUUUACAGCCUUUAGUAUCCCGGUAAUGGUUCCGCAUUUAGUUUGAAAGCAGCAAAGUUCACAAUUGGCUUUAUUCAGUUUUACCUUUUGUUUAUUUCUUCUCAUAAUAAGGGCCGGAGAGUCCACACGUUUUGAGAGAAAGGAGGAAUAAUUAUAGCUAGUUAAUAAAUAUAAAUAAAAAUGUAUUUUAUUUUCAUUUGGGGGGGGGCGGAAGGAAAGAAGUUGCACAUAUUUCCCUUCAAAAGCAACUUAAAACGAAGAGGCGGAUGAAGACAGAGAAAAAAAACCUGAAGAAAAUUGCAACUUCAGCUCUGUCUGCCUGAUUCUAAAAAGGUUGAAGCUUUCAAUUCAUCAUCAUGGGUGUUCAUGGAUUGACGGGCUACAUUGAUGAAAAUCAUCAGUUCUUUAAUAAAGUCAAGUUGCAAAAUACCAAAAUUAUCAUUGAUGGCAAUAACUUGUUUCAUCGCCUUUACUUUGACUCUGCCCUGGAUUUUAAAUAUGGUGGUGAUUAUGAUUUAUUUACCAAUGCCAUACACACGUUCUUUGAAGCACUUUCUCAAUGUCAUAUUUGUCCUUAUGUGGUCUUGGAUGGUGGAAGAGAUAGCACAGAUAAAAAGAUCGAAACGAUCAAAGAACGUGCCAAAAACAAAAUCCGAAUUGCCCAUGCUCUUUCAAGAGGGGAUGGAGGAACAUUGUUGCCAAUACUUGCUGGACAACUGUUCAAACAAGUUUUAUUUCAAAUGCAAGUUCCUUUCGUCCAGUGUCACUCAGAAGCAGACCGAGAAAUAGCUACUCUGGCUAAUCAAUGGGCUUGCCCUGUUCUAUCACAGGACAGUGACUUUUGUAUCUUUAACUUGAAAGCUGGUUAUUAUCCUCUAAAGAACUUCAAAUGGAAGAACACUAGUGUUUCUAAAGACAGUUCAGGCCUCUAUAUUCCAGCCCUGUGUUUCUCCAUUGAAAAGUUCUGUACCUAUUUUAGCAAUAUGAAUAGAGACCUUCUCCCCCUCAUUGGAGUAUUAAUCGGCAAUGAUUAUGUGAAUCUGGCUUUGGAUACUUUUUUCAGUAAGGAGUGUUUUCCUAUUGGGCGCUCUGCUUCAAGUGGAAGAAAACACAUCCGCAUCCAUGGACUCCUAAAAUGGCUCUCAGGAUUUGCAGAGCCAAAGGCUGUAAUUGAAAUCAUUCUGAAGUAUUUCAACGAAAAGGAUCAGGAGGAACUUCGAAAAUGUCUCCCUGUUCUUAUGGAGGACUACACUGAGUCAGAAGUAGAUCUUGCGGUAUUCUUUCAGAGUGGUAAAAUGGGGUUCUCCCAUGUUCCAGCUGCGUUGGCCAGCAAAGUUCCAGAGUGGCUGAUAGUUACUCUGAUGAAUGGCAACAUGGCCCCAUUUAUUAGUGACUGCUUAGUCAUGCGAGGUGUUUUUCUGCCUUCUCAAGUGGAGAACACGCGCAGGCCAAGUAGUCAUAAUUGUUCAUUGCAUAUUCGCAAUGUUAUGUAUGGACUGUUGUUAAAUAGCAAUGAGAUUUCUCCAGAUUCUACAUUUAAUUUCUCUAGUGCAGAGUCAGGGAAGACAAACUCAGUUGCUGAAAAACAGUGUAAAAUGUUUUAUGUGGAGGAAUUUGAUAGGCAUGAACAAUCCCUGAAAAAAAACACCAUUCAAGCAAAACCUGGAAGAUAUUCACUGAACCAACUACCGGAGAUUUCUGCAUCUGUCAAAGCCAGCUAUCUCUUGGAGGCUCUUGAAGUGAAACCUGAUGUCCUGCCCUUACCAGCUCAUUUGCAAUUACCUGUUAUCAUAACCUGCUAUUGGAUGACGCAUGCUGAACCCAGAGUAACAUUAUUUCACCUCCAGGCUCUGCUGCUUUGCUUUAUGACUGGAGAAUUGCAUAAAAUGAUAUGUGAAGCAGAUAGCAGCGGCACUUUGGAAUGUGGUGUUCAGAUGGUGUAUGACAGAUUGUCUCAUCUGAAACCAAGGACACGAAACCUGGAUGUAGACGUGGCCCAUAUCUUUUGUCAGUGGCAGAGUUGUCUUCUAAUGGGGAUCUACCUGAACCAGCUGCUAGGCUGCCCUUUUCCAGAACCAGAUCUUACACGACUAUACAGUGGGACCCGGGUUCAUUUCACAUACUAUGAGCUGAAAUUAGUUUCUGCUGAUCAUCUGUUGAAAGAAUCUCCAACUGCACAUCAGAUUUACCACUCGCUUCUCUGCACAGUAACUGCCACUGUACCUGGAGGAUUCUUUCAAAAGAAAAGAAAAUCUAAGAAAUCAAAGGGAAAACAAGCAACUGCUUUAGCUGUAUCUCUAUUAGGUAAGAAUAGUGUGGAAGACUCUGAUUGGCAUGAUGCAAAUAACCGAUUUGCAGCCUUGAACACUGAGGAUUUGAACUAAAUUUACAAAUGAAUUGAGCUAGAUUGCUUUAUAGCACAGCAUCACCUGGAGCUCUACAAUCUCCUGCGACCCUACUUCCCUGGUCAAUCCCUCCGCUCGGCAAACAAUGUCCGUCCAAUUGUCUCCCCUCCCCCCCCCUCCCCCCCAUGUGAACUCCAUCCCCCACCUUGCCCCCUCUUUCGCAGCUUCAAACCUCACCCUUAAGAAACAUCUUCUUGACCCUCUCACCCGACCCAAAUGGAACUCUUGUUAGUUUGAAUAAUUGCUUUUGAGAUUUCUUCUCGGCUUGAAAGGCAAGAUAUAAAUGUACAUUUUUGUUAUAGCGGCAAAUCCAAAUGCAGAUUGUUGGGUAGAUUUUUUAAAUAGUUGUUUUUAAAAUUCUUAUAUUUUGAGGGAAAACAAGAUUUAUGUGAUUUUACGAUACAUAAAGAAUUACAUAUAAAGCUGCUCAGGAAUUGAUCUGGCCCACAGAUCCUUUUCCUACCUGCCCGCAUUCCCCCAUGCACAACAGAUUCUCUAGUUUUCUCUCGAUUUGCCGACACAGUUGCAACUGUGCUUUUCGGUAGUCCAAGUUCUUUGCAGAUCACUGCCUGAGAUUUGUUUUUCUCCUCUAAAUCUUUUAACAAUUUGCAGCUUCACUUGCAGUGACAACCUCCCUCUUACUCGCUGUCACCAUUUUGGCUUGAUUGCAGAUUGCAAUACAGUCAUGGGGGAAAAACAUUUGUGUGUACUAGUUUGUUGAUUCGGUUUAAUGGAUUGUUAUAUCAGGAGCUGUGUUGCUUCAGUGAUCGCUGUAUCGGUACACGGUACUCUUGUGCUCUAGGGGAGAAUAACACCUCCAUUUUGUCGAAGAUACGUGGCCGGUCAGAGCGACCUGACAAACCACACUCAACACUUAGCUUUCUAUAAAAUCUUUUGUGUUUAUUCAUUUUGUACAAUUAAAUAUAAACUUAUGCCUGCUUUUGGAACAAUCACUACAAAUAUAACAAACUCUAUAACUACAAUCUAAACUAAAAUACGUAACCAUUGAGCCUCAACACUUGGGACCCCAGUAACAAAUAAAAAGACUUUACUUGAUUUUAAAACUUGUGUCAGGCCCUGAGGGUCGGAGUUUUCAGAGUUGUUAGUAGUGUUAGCCAAACUCCGAUGCUCAAACACUCCCUCCCACUCUAUAGCCCCCCCACCCACCUUUUAUACCGCUCAUCUCCCCCCAAUCAGCCCCGAGCACCCGUGAAUCCCCCCUCUAAGAACCCAAAUAGUCAACCUAUUAGCCUUUUACUACUUCAUAGGGGUAAAAAUCAAUAGGAAAAACUGGGUCUCAAUGUUGAGUUUAUUUGACAAAUCAGAGGGAUCAUAACAACCAGAGAUGGGUAUACCAAAGUCACCUUAAUGGUCUGGACUGAUUAACAUUUGAAGUCACCAAGUGGCUAUAAGUAACUAGAAUAGUGCAGCUUAUGUAAUUGAAAUAAUUGCAGGCUUUUUAUUUUACCAAAUUAAAGUAGCUGUUUACCUCGCAUCUAAUUACAGUCUUAAGAAUUCCAGGCUGAGAAAAGCUAGAUGAAAAUACAGCUUCAGAAAACAUUUUCAGCUCUUGGUCUCAAAUACCCAUUGCCUUUUCCCCAACAAGUAGUUUUGCUGCUUUCAGUCAUAGGAAAUUUGUCCAAUUGCCACAAAUUCUAAUACACACUCCUUUCAAAAUUAUGGCCUGUAAAAUGUUGUGGAUUUUAAAAUCAGGAAUUUCAUGAUGUAUUUUGUGUCUGAUUUUGUUCACUGAAAUAACNAAAAAAGUCAAUCAGGGAUGUAGUUAAUUUUUAGUCUUGAGUUUAGAAAUUGUGGGGAGUUUAUCAUUGAAUCACGACGUCCAGCUACCAGUUUGUUAAAACAAUGGCAGUGCUCCCAUUCAGCAAUCAGUGGUUUGGGAUUCAAUUGUCAUCCUUCCGACAAUACCACCUGAAGCUAUGCAAGGUAAUGAAAACCAAACAGAAAUAGAACGGUAAACAAGAGUCUCGGAAUUUUUAUAUACAUGAGACUUCACUGAUUUGUUUUUAAAAAGCCUGGAGGGAGAAAAUUCAAUCUGCAAUUUGCACACCUCUCUUAGAUCAGGUUUUAAUUCUCCCUAAUUUCAAGCUUGUUAUACAUCCUAAAGUCAAUAAAAGGAAGCAGUUAUUCAAUUUUGUCUCUAUUCUGAGUUCUGGUUAGAAGAAAUCUAACUAGUUUAACACAAGUAUCACAUUAUUGCAUGUCCAGAUGUAUUUACUACUGUUCAUAUCACAAUGAUGUUAAGAUGUUCACAUAUUUACACAACUGUUUGAAUUUUUGGGGAGGAUUCAAUCAGUAGAGCCUUGGAGAUGUGACAGAAAAUUAGGUAGCUUUGCUCCUGUUUUUUGUGCCAGCAGAGAGCUCAAACUUUCGAAUGGCAGUUCACACAUAUAAAUAUCUUAGCAUUCAAAACAAAUUGCUAUGUCAACUCACUUCAUCUCUGGAGUUUUUGAUUAUUGACUUGUUUUGAGUUAAUGUUCCACAUUGGCCCAUUUUGUAUUCCAUUAUUACCUACUGUAAACUAAUCCAGCAAAAAUAUCAUCAUAAGUUGAUCUCCAAUGUGGUAUUGCAUAAUCGUUGAAAAUGUUUGAAUUUAAUUGAAGGAAUGUUGUAAUUAAUACUGUUUGAGGAAAAAUGUAACUGAAUUUGAUACAUGAUAAAUUAGUAAAAUUAUUGCAUUUUCAAAAUAAAGAUUUUUGUAAUGUAA